AUGUCGUCAUCUUCAAAAUCAGUAGUUUGUAUCACAACAACCAAGCCAUCAUCAUCAGUAACACCAAGUGGAGGCGGAGGAUCACUAACUGUAUUGUGUCCCCAGACUGGUUCCAUCUUAUCAUCCUUAAGGGCAAGUGCAGAUCUUUCGGGAAAAUCAGCUCUUGGAAUGUCGUCGCUAUCGCCAUUCCCAGAAUCGUUCAAUCCAUCCAGUUCCAGGCUAGUCCUGUCGUUUGGAGGAAAUUCAACGAGGAAAAGCGAUACAUAUGCCAUGAUGCUAGCGAUUCGAUCGUCAACCUCGUCUCCGAUUCUGCACUGGAAGUGCCGGUUGCCAGAGGCCGAACUCACAGGUGGUAUGGUUGUCUCGCCAUGUGGGCAUUACAUUAUUGGUGGGGGUGCUUCUGGAUCCUGUUUCGUCUGGAGUGCUGUUGGUGGCACACUUUUAAAGACGUUCAAAGCGCACUAUCGGGCUUGUACUUGCUUGUCGUUCAGUCAGUGUGGGAAGUAUGUAAUUACAGGGGGUGCCGAUGGCAUGUUGCAUCUAUUCCCGUUCGUCGAUCUUGUGGAUACGUACUCGCGCAAGUCAAAACGAGCAAGUGUACCGCUACAGACAUGGUCGGCUCAUCAUUUUCCAGUAACUUGCCUGGCGGUGUUAGAUGGCGACAGAGUGGCUUCAGCAGCAAAGGAUGGACACGUUGCCAUUGUUGAAUUGUUCUCCAAUGCAACACUGGCGAAAAUCAAACUUCCAAAUCCAGUAGAGAGCUUAUGUCAUCACGACAGCAGAUUGUACGCUGGCUCGGAUCGUGGCACGAUAUAUUCCAUUGAUUUGAAUGCAUAUGCUAUGAAUUUGACGGAAGCUCAAGGAGCAAGGUUGUCGAAACGUGUACGGAGGGAACGAGAGGCAUUCCUUGUAAACGAAGAAGCUAUCUUCGGCAAAAAAAUGCAAGAUGAUAGCGAGUCACUAAAUGCGUAUCAAACAGAAUGGACUGGACAUGAACACGCAGUAUCGUCACUCGCAGUUUUCGUGGAUGAUGCAAAGCAAUUUUUAAUUAGUGGUGACCGUCUGGGAGAAGUUCGUAUUUGGGACAUCGAGUCUAGAACCAGUCUGCAUACCAUUCGCCCCUGGUCCAAUUCAGCGAUGAAUGCUGCAAAAAGUGCGACGCAAGAAAAGUUAUCAUCGGAGUCUCAGCACCAUCCAAUAACGUCGAUCCUCGUCAUGCAACAACCUGCUGAAUCGGAAGCAUCCGGUAUGUUUUCGACCCUGGCAUACAGUGGCACAAAAGGCCGGUCGGGAGUUAGUGACUUAUUCCCUCCAUUGCAAAAGUACCCAGAAAAUAUUUCCACAGACGGCGAUGACUUGUCUCAAACAGCAAUACCAUUUCUCCGCCCACGCAAGGGUGAUGUUGGCCGACAGCGUCUCGAGUCUAGAACACUACGUAGAAAGCGAAGACCGAUACCGAUGGAGAUGUCCAAAGAGCAUGAAAACUCAGACAGGCUCCAAAAAGCAAAUGAUCAAAUAGCAAGGCUACAGGAGGAAUUGAGACGGAAGGGCGAUGAAGUCAAAAGGUGGCAAACAGUCAACAAUACGAUUGUGAAAAAACUUAAAGCAAAACGCUAA